UGUGUGUAGCCCGUCCUAAGCCCGUCCCUUUCUGACAUUCCUUAUAAAAUGAAUAAACUAUAGUUUUCUUAUGUAGAUCUACUCUACUUUGGCUCUACUAUAAAAACGUCAAAAUCAAGCUGGGAUUUGUAUUGUUCAACUUGAAAUUCAAAGAAAUACCUAAUUAUGUUUUAAUCUGAGGUUUUAAUCUAAAUGGUCAAAGUAGUAGCAGCAAUUCAAAGACAUACAGCGUACAGGCUUAGUCAUUGAUGUGUAAUAUGUUACUUACUAUUAGUAGCCGUAAUAGAAAAAAAUAGGAUCUCGUAACAGUAGGCACUCUAAAAAUAAAUUAAAACAAAAAAGUUUUUGUCUGAAAACUUAUUAGAUACUGGUCGACAAUAAUCUGCUUACGAUUUUCGUCUUUGAAAUGCCGUUCCAUCCAAAGAUUAAAUCAUUUCGAGAUUGACAUAAUACUUAAUAUAUAAAAUAUACAAAGCCACAAAUUCCCUAUAAAAAAAUCAAAGCUAACUAUGCACUAAAUCAGUAAGAGAGAAUUAUGCAAUUUUAAAUUUCAGUGUGUAAGGGAAAAGUUUAUAAAAAUGUCGUUAAUGUGUCGAGUGGUGCCGGUGUUGGCGCGGCCGGGCACGCGGCACUACGCGCUGUGCUGCCCGCCGCGCUUACCGCCCGGCACCUGCGGCUGCCCCAGCCUGGUGCCCGGCGGCGGCCGCCGAAUCGUGCCACCCGCGGACUGCCGCCCUGGACCUAUCCCCUACAACCCCUGCCGCCCAAUCUUCCAUGAAGGACACGACACUUACAAAACCUACAAAUACAUUUUCUUCUUCUUCUGUGUCCCUCUUAUCAUCACGCAAAUGUUUCGGGCGCUGUCGCAUUCGCCUCCCCACAAGGAACCCUGUCGCGACUAUGAAUACAUGCGCAUACGCACAAAGAAGUACCCGUGGCGGGACGGCAACCAGACGCUGUUCCACAACGAUCAUGUGAACAACCUGCCCGAAGACUGCGAGCCUCCGCUACUAGAUUGUGAUUAACUUAUUUUUCAGUUUGUCCUUAGUUUAAUAAGUACUUACUUACUUAAAACCAUUUUUCAUUUUAUUUGUCCUGGUUUUGAAAUACAAUACUUAACCUUAGAACAACUCGUUAUUUUACUGUUAUACGUAGAAAGAGUAGGAACUUCUUAUUCUGAAGUUCAGCGUCUGACAAAGUGUACACUUAUGUCGGUCGUAGCGCAGCUUGGAACAAAAAAUAUGAUA